UUUUAAUUGACUAGAUCAAAAACAAUGUACUUACAACUGGAUCCGGUAAAGUUGUUGUCGCUGCUGUUGUCAUGUAAGUGAAAUUGAAAGUUGUAAAAGAAAUAGCUGUUAUUAACAACGGAGAAUUAAUCUUGUUCUUAUCCUUUUUGUAGAAAUGCAACUAACGCUGUUGUAAAAACAAUCGGUUGGCUAUUUACUGGUUCUGCCAGUUUAUUCUCUGAAGCUGUUCAUUCAAUUGCUGAUACGUGCAAUCAAUUGAUAUUAACAUUUGGCCUAUGGCAAUCGAUUAAAAAGCCAAAUCCAGAACAUCCAUAUGGAUACUCUAAUAUGACUUAUAUUUCUUCACUCAUCAGCGGUGUUGGCAUAUUUUGUUUCGGUACAGGAUUAGCGUGGUAUCAUGGUGUUACCGGAUUACUUCAUCCACAAGAAAUUGAAUCUGUAUAUUGGGGUUUAGCUUUAUUAAGUGGUUCAUUUAUCUCAGAAAGUGCUACAUUGUAUAUGGCCGUUAAUGAAAUUCGAGCAUCAGCAAAACAAACAGGCAUGCGUUUUUGGGAAUAUGUUGGUCAAGGAUAUAAACCAAAUGUCAAUGUAGUACUACUAGAAGAUUUGGCUGCUGUUUUGGGUGUUAGUGUGGCUGCUGCCUCAAUGGGUUUAUCAUCAUAUUUGAACUCUCACAUUCCUGAUGCGAUUGGAUCAUUAGUCAUUGGUUGUAUACUUGGUGGAGUAGCAUCAUUUAUUAUUUAUUCGAAUACAGCUGCUCUAGUUGGCAGAUCCAUUCAUCCGAAUCAAAUUGAGUCAAUUAAUAGUGAUUUAGAAAAUGAUCGUAUGAUAAGAGCAUUGUACGAUAUUAAAGCAACCGAUAUGGGCAGUCAAUCAGUGAUGUUUAAAGCCGAAGUAGAUAUUGAUGGAAAAGAAAUAACACGUUCUUAUUUGGAAAAAAUUGAUAUACAUCAAAUACUUGAUGAAAUUCGUAAAAUAGAUUCAAUUGAACAAGCAGAAACAUUUAUGUUAAAACAUGGUGAAAAUGUUGUUGAUCGUGUUGGAGCUGAAAUUGACAGAAUUGAAAGAAAUUUAAGGAAAAAACAUCCAUAUCUUCGACAUGUCGAUUUAGAAGUACUUUAA